UUUAUUAUUUUAUUCUCAUUCUACGUGACUUUACCGAAAGAACCAAAGAAGAUGAAUCCUUGCAGUCAUGAAAGCUUUAAAUCGAAAUUUAAUGUGCCUUGUGUGUUUGUGUGAAUUUUGCAUCCUGCAGAAGCAGAUUGGAUCGGAAUAACGAAACGCGGACUUUGAUCGCAGCGGCCACCGUAGUCGGCCAAGAUGCCUCAUUGCGAAGAAUUUAGAUAUUUUAGACAAAAUUAAUUCCAACGCAAUUUUGUGAGCUUCACUUUAAAGAAAACAACUGUAAUAGGGUGGACAAAUUGCGAUUUAAUUGCUUUAAUAAAAAAAAUACAUUUUUCAAGUAGAUUUAACGGAAGUUGGCACGCGCGUGGCCCCCCACUUCCGACUGAAAAAGGAAAGUUUAUAUAUUUUUUCCGAGAUUGAAACUUUUUUUUAAUUUUCUCAACAUUUUAACAGUGUCGAAUAUUUUAACAGUCCGAAUAAUAUCAAUUUAGCACCAUAGAAAGCGUUUAAAAAAAAUGGUUAACAAUUUGAAAAAAGUCCCGCCUCAUAUCGCCGACAUAAUCAUAACUAUAAUUUAAAAAAAUACAAGUUUCACAUCCACCACGGCUACACCAUACAAGCAGUGUUUUUGAAAACUCCUUCGAGGCGAGGUGUAAGACAUCGUCAAGUUGGUUAUUAAAUAACAAGUUGGCGCCACUCGACCGGUUCGCGCGUGUAUCACUCCACCCGCUCGCAAUGCGGCCACGGUAGGUAAGCAAAGCCUCGCGAGAAAAACAAAAUCGUCAUUCUGAGGCGUUAAUAAACAUUUUAAAAAUGUAAAAAAAACACGCCCGCAUGCGGGGUACUUUACAACAAAACAAUUAAGUCGUUUAGCGGUGUUUUUUUGUUUGUUGUUGGAACGUAUCGCCUCAAAUUCCACGUCUUGGAAGGGGAAUUCCGCCCUCAGGCGCAGUGUGUGGAGGGGAGGAGCGGUGGCGCCGCGGUUAGCGCGCUGCCACCGCUCCACCGUCAACCGCGCGCCUGAGUUCGAUUCGCGCUCACGGCCGCCAGCAGCGACCGUCUGGAACGGUGCUCGAGGAAGUGCUUUGUUUGAGGCGGCCAGUAGAUGCGUUCCUGAAAAGCGUCCAGUUUGGCGAACAACGCGUUGAACGUGACGAUGAAGUAUGGCGAGAUUACGACGUACGACUGCUGCUGCUGCUACGCGCACCACGCAGUGACAUGGCGGGACUAAUAUCACGAGGACACCCACGGUCUCCCCACACCCAGGGCCUUCCUCACACGCUGCCACGGCUCUGGAGAAAGCAGGAGCAGGGCCAGGAGGAGGUGGACGAGGAGGAGGAGGAGGAGGAGAAGGAAUUGCGACGAUCAUGGGGGAGGCGUUGGCCGUGUUGCCGACCCCCGUGCGGGACGGGUACCCGCUGGAGGCACUGCAGCGCGAGCCCGACUUAAAGUAUCUGUGCGGGGCCUGCGGCCGCCUGCUCAGGGCGGCCGUGCAGGCGCCCUGCGGCCACCGCUUUUGCCACGGGUGCCACAGCAAGCUUGCCACGAGACCAGAGCAAUGGUUGUGCCCCCGGUGUCAGGAAGAAGGCACUCACGAAGAGGAAUUGUACUCAUCGCCCAACAACCAGUGUUUUCCUGACCGGGCGACUCGCCGUGAGGUGGACCAACUUCCCGCUCGCUGUACCAACCCGGGCUGCUCAUGGUCCGGCAUCGUGGGAGACUACGAUGGUCACGAGUCGGCAUGUGAGCUCCGCUGGACCACGUGCCCUGCGUGUGGUGGCCGCGUGCGACACCGCGAGUUGGGGGAGCAUGGCCAGAAGAGCUGCCCUGCACGCACAGCGCUCUGCAGGCACUGUCGGGCGCCCUGCACCGCACAGGAGCUGCGGGAACAUGACCUGAUCUGCCCAAAGUUCCCCACGACCUGCACUGCGUGCGGGAAACGCAAGAUACCCAGAGAGAAGCUGCCUCUGCAUGAGAAGUCGUGUCUCCGCGUGAAGAGACCCUGCCGCUUCGCAGACAUCGGCUGCCCCUUUCAGGCCGAGGCUGACAAGCUUGCGGGGCACGAGCAGUUGGCCACCGCCUCCCACGUCGCCAUCCUGCGCUCCUUCCUGCUGCACUUGCGCGGCCUCCUGCCGCCUCCGGCCGCCGCCGCCGCCGCCGAAGCAGCCGGCGGCGGCGGCGGCGGCGGCGGUGCGGCUGCGGCGGCAUCGGUCCCGCAGUUGGACCCGGCUUUGGGCGGCCGACUGUCCAAGCUGGCGCUGAGGUUGUCCCGGUUGGAGGUGGCGGUGGCGGAGAGGGGCGGGCGGGCCGCCGCUCGUGUCAGGAGGCCGUCGGCGGCCGCCGAUGGGGCUGAAGGAGGAGCCGGCGCCGGCGAGGAGGAGGCGGCGGUGCCAGCGGCGCUGGAGGAGCGCUGCGCCAGACUCGAGCGCUCGCUGGGCCCGCUGGAGGCGACCGUCGCCGCCUUGGACCGCCAGGCCGAGCGCUGCUCCUCCGCGGCGCGGGAGGCCGACACUCGGCGGCAGGCCGAGCGUGCAGCGGUCGCCACGCUCGCCGGCAAGCUGCAGGCGCUGGAGCGCAAGCUGGCGCUGCGGGAGGUGGCGCUGGCCGACAUGACGCUGCGCCUCUCCGCCCUCGAGGUCUCGUCCCACGACGGCUCCUUCGUGUGGAGGGUCGGCGACGUGCGGCGGCGCCGCGGCGACGCCGGCAGCGGGCGGCAGCUCGCCGUCUACUCGCCAGCGUUCUUCACGAGCCGCUACGGCUACAAGAUGUGCCUCCGCUUGUACCCCAACGGUGACGGCGCUGGCAAGGGCUCCCACCUCUCGCUCUUCUUCGUCCUCAUGCGGGGCGACCACGACGCCAUGCUGCGCUGGCCCUUCCGCCAGAAGGUGACGCUGAUGCUGCUGGACCAGGGCCCCCGUCGUGACCACGUCAUCGACGCCUUCCGCCCGGACGCGACCACCUCCUCCUUCCAGCGCCCCACCGGAGACCUCAACGUGGCCAGCGGCUGCCCCCUUUUCUGCCCCCUCGGCCGCCUAGUUUCGUCGGAGCAGACCUACGUGCGGGACGACACCUUGUUCAUCAAGUGCGUGGUGGACACGGCCGACCUGUGACCCCCCCCACCCACGGCGCCGGGCGGCGCAGCUCCCCCGAGGAUUCGGGGAGCACUCGAGAAGCCACGGGCAGCAAUGUGGCCCCCUCAGGGUGGAGGAGAAGAGGAGGCGGUGGUGGAAGAGGUGGAAAGGUGGUGGUGGAAGAGGUGGAAAGGU